GUGUCAGCAGGCACACCUUCCCAAAGAGUACAUUGAUGAGAAUCUGACCCUAGUUGCAGGCGGUUGCCGUAGCAAUCUCAGGAAGCAGAUCCAAAUAGCGCACCUGUUUGGGGUACCAGUCGUGGUGGCGCUCAAUGUCUUCAAGAAAGUGAGGCAGGGCCGUUCAGCUCUGCGCUGUUACGCAUCAGAGGCGACUGACACCCAGGCAGAGAUCGACCUUGUGUGUCAGCUAGCAAAAGAGUGCGGAGCGUCUGACGCUGUGCCAUGUCACCACUGGUCGCAGGGUGGGCGAGGUUCUCUUGAGGUGGCCCAAGCUGUGAAUGAGGCUGCCGGCAGACCCAGCAACUUCCAGUUCCUGUACAACAUAGAGAUGCCGAUAGUGGAGAAGAUCAGAACAGUUGCACAGAAAGUGUAUGGAGCUGAUGACAUCGAGCUGUCUCCAGAGGCCAAGUCCAAGAUAGAUUACUAUAAUCAACAGGGCUAUGGUUCAUUGCCCAUCUGCAUGGCCAAGACUCACCUGUCCCUGUCCCACAUGCCUGACAAGAAGGGUGCACCCACUGGAUUCAUUCUGCCAAUCAGAGAUGUUCGUGCUAGCAUUGGGGCUGGCUUCAUCUUUCCACUUGUUGGAACG